AUGGAUGAGCUUCAGAGGAAACUCGACCAGCGUUACGAGAACACAAACCCUAGAAAGGUGCGUUUCAAGUUGGCGUCUUCGUACAGUGGCCGAGUGCUCAAACACGUGUACGAGGAUGGGCAGGAGCUGGACAGUCCGGCCGAGAAAUACCCGCACAGUUUUGUCCACCGGAAGAUCCCGCCCAACCACCUAGAAAUGGACCAGUACUGUGGCUUUCAGGACGGCUCCGGAGGGGACCAGGAGAUGAUGAAUGUGGACGUGAUUACGGAAAGAGCUGUCGUGAAGAAACGCAACAACAGGCGCAGCUAUAAUGACGAAACAUCGAGCUUUGAGAGGUCUAUUCAUGAUGCUGUUUGA